AUGGAUCCUCAUAAUCCUCAAGGUAAUGGAAACCUUAACAUGGGGAUCCAGGGCCAGCCAAUGACUGCACAAGGGUUAGGGCAGACUCAAUACAAUCAGCAGAUGUUGCUUGCCCAACAGCAGUAUAUGAACAGUUUUAAUUCGUUCUAUGGCAAUAAUCAGGUAGAGUUUGGUGUUUUCUUGAACGACAAUUCU